GGCUCCUGCCUUGGAGCCUUGAGACUGGAUGGCACAGCCCCCCAGCAGCCCAAUGGGGGCGCAGGAGGUGACAGCAACCAGUAGGGAGGCAGCGUCCACGAAAAGGAGCCUGGCAUUCUGGGCAGCGGAAAGCCCCUCCACACCAGGCUGAACUGCAACUCACUGCCUGGCUCCGAGUGUGGGGGUGCAGCGAGGAUUAACCGGUGCUGGGUUUGGUGGUGGUGCUGGUGAGGGCAGGUAGGGACACUACCCAUUUUGGCCAUGGGUCACACAACAUUUACAUCACAAUUGGGCUGAAGUUUUAAAAUGUCUGGCCCUCUCCCUCCCCACCACCUGCGGCUGAAUGUUCUAGCGCUGGGGGCUGCUGUGGAUGAAGUCCUUGGGGAGAAAAGGACCCGGCCAAGGGCUAUGGUGGAGUAGAGCUGCCUCACAGAGGCAGCAUGAGCUGAGAGGGUGAUAGGAAGGAGACGCUAGACAGCAUGGAAGACUUUCUGCUCUCCAAUGGGUACCAGCUGGGCAAGACCAUUGGGGAAGGGACCUACUCAAAAGUCAAAGAAGCUUUUUCCAAAAAACACCAAAGAAAGGUGGCAAUUAAAAUUAUAGACAAGAUGGGAGGGCCAGAAGAAUUUAUCCAGAGAUUCCUGCCUCGGGAGCUCCAGAUUGUCCGUACGCUGGACCACAAGAACAUCAUCCAGGUGUAUGAGAUGCUGGAGUCUGCUGAUGGUAAAAUCUACCUGGUGAUGGAGCUGGCUGAGGGAGGGGAUGUCUUUGACUGCGUGCUGAAUGGAGGACCACUACCUGAGAGCCGAGCGAAGGCUCUCUUCCGUCAGAUGGUUGAGGCCAUCUGCUACUGCCAUGGCUGUGGCGUGGCCCACCGGGAUCUCAAGUGUGAGAACGCCUUGUUGCAGGGCUUCAACCUGAAGCUGACUGACUUUGGCUUUGCCAAAGUGUUGCCCAAGUCACGCCGGGAGCUGAGCCAAACGUUCUGUGGCAGCACGGCCUAUGCCGCCCCCGAGGUGCUGCAGGGUAUUCCCCAUGACAGCAAGAAGGGUGACGUCUGGAGCAUGGGUGUCGUCCUCUACGUCAUGCUCUGUGCCAGCCUACCUUUUGAUGAUACAGACAUUCCCAAGAUGCUGUGGCAGCAGCAGAAGGGGGUGUCCUUCCCCACUCACCUGGGCAUCUCGGCUGAAUGCCAGGACUUGCUCAAGCAGCUCCUGGAACCAGACAUGAUCCUCCGGCCUUCAAUCGAAGAAGUUAGUUGGCAUCCAUGGCUAGCAAGCACUUCAUAA